UGGGACCACCAAGCAGAGACAGGACCUCAGGAAGCAGCAGAGUGCCAGAUGGGCUCUCCCAGCCCUGCCUGGCAAUGCUGGGUCUCGUGGCACCAUGCCUCUACCAACAGGGAUGACACUCGUGGCAAACGUGCCUUUGCCUACUGCAGGCACUGACAGCCCCUUCACGAGCUCGGUUAUUUGGGGUCCCUGAUGCUUGCCAGCCGUGUGAAGCUGCGCCCCUGGGCAGGGCAUCUGCCCCAAAGUGCCCCCCCAGGGGCCAUCAGGACGCCCAGCCACUGUGCUGUCUGGUGAUUAAAGCCUUUGUGUGCACGCACUAGCUCUCACUUCCCAUAUUUCACUUCUAACUUCUGUCUGGCAAUGUUGUGGGGAAGGGGGGGGGGUUAAUUUCCCCCGUGGAAAAUUCAGCCGUGGGGGUGGCUGCCUUAUCGUGGGGGCAAAGAUGAAGAAAUAUUUGGCAUGGUGACUGAGGGCAUGCCUCCUCUGUUUCUAGUGCACCUGAGGAUUGCGUCUUUCACAACUGCAAUCGCUCUCAUAGAAUGUCUUUUAGCUUAUCAGCCUUAAAUAGCAAAGUUCAUGCUCUGUGGCCAGUGCAUCAGGAAGUGAGGAAGGAGGGAUCAUGAACUGCAGCUUGACAGAUAUAGAACCAGCCACGGCAGUGGGGACGGACGUGAUUUGGAUAAGCAAGUAGACAGAGAGCCUGCUUGGUUCUCUGGUAUUUCAAGCCACUGGCAGCCCUGGUGAAUGAACUGAAAUCUCUGCAGUGAGCAGACAGCGAGCUCUCAUGCACCCUCAGCUCUUCACCAGCAGACAGAAUUUGCUUAGUAUGUGUGUACAUGCACGUGUCCAUGUUGUUCCUCCUGUCCCCUUCCCGGAGCAAGAACACCACCAACAAAUUCAAUUUCUGCUUGAAGCCAUGGCAGGAAGAGGUAUCUGCUUUGAUGGCAUCUGCAGUUUGAAUUACUCUUUUCUGUCUCCACUGGGGAAAAGGUCCUUCAAGGAAUUGUGCUGACAUUGAAUAACUGGAAAUGACCUUUCAUCACAUCAACAUCCCCGUAACCACUGGAAAGAAUAAAUGAACUAGAGGUAGAAGCUGACUACAUUACCAUCCCUUCCUGAUGACCAUUGACCAACAAUCCAAAGCAGUGCCAGUCAAGAGAGAGAGAUGUGCCCAUCUACCUCCCAGUUGCAGAUGAGGGGAAUGCCCUACCCAGAGCUUCCUCAAGGGGAAUGACUUUGCUUGGUGCUUUUCUUUGGACCUUCUUAACUCACCAGCUGUCUCAGCCAUCUCAUUGAGAUCCUCCCCUCAUCCCUGGGCAUGUUAGCCUACAACUCAUCUCAGAUGUGCAAGGAUUACAAAUACCAGCACUACCUCCUGCUGCCUGGCUAUGUCCUGAUAUUCAUUACAGGUUUGGUACUGAAUGUGGUGGCUCUGUGGAUACUUGUUCGCUGCCUGCGCCUGAAGUCUGUAGUGAUGAUCUACAUGUUCAACCUGGCUGUGAGCGACCUCACCUUCACGCUCCCUCUGCCACUGCGGCUCUACUACUAUUCCAACCACGAGUGGCCCUUUGGUGAGAUCCUGUGCCAGGUCUCUGGCUCUGUCUUCCAGAUCAACAUGUAUGGUAGCUGCAUCUUCCUCAUGUGCAUCAACCUGGAUCGCUAUGUCGCCAUUGUCCAUCCACUUCGCUGGCGGCAUCUGCGGCGCCCCAAGGUGGCCAGGCUCCUGUGCCUCGUUGUCUGGGUAAUGAUUCUCAUGGGCUCCAUCCCCACAGCCAUAUACCACAAGCAAAACCACUGUGUGUCAGAGAACCAGACCACAUAUCUGUGUUUUGAAAGCUUUAGUGACAACAUGUGGCAGAACAAACUCUUCCCCCUAGUUGUCCUGGCUGAAAUCCUGGGUUUUCUCCUGCCUCUGACCUCUGUGACGUACUGCUCAAUUCAGAUCUUUCGAGAGCUCUGCCAGGCCAGCCAGACAAGGACCCUGCGACAGCAGAAGACAGUCCGUCUCCUCGUGGUCAACCUGGUCAUCUUCAUCAUCUGCUUUGUGCCCUACAACACUACCUUGGCAGUGUACGGGUUGCUAAAGGCCAAGGUGAUUAAAGUACGACCAGAAACACAGUCCUCUGUGCGCGACGUGUUAAUUAGGACGAUGCUGUUGGCCAGUAUGAACUGCACUCUGGACCCCCUGAUCUACUACUUUAGCACUGAAGGUUUCCGUAACACCUUUAAGAAAUUGCGACAGGGACACACCUGGGACUCAGAUGCAGGGAUGCUUAAGAGUCAGGUUGUGGAGCAAAAGUCAGCCCAAAACCAUGCUGCCACAAAAACAAAACAGUUCCCAUCUAAAAAUGUUAACUGUCCCAAUGAACCUUUUCCAACUCUUCCUACUGCAGUAUUUUUGAAUGACCCUAUUGAGGACUCAGAAAUAUAACCACAGGAAGGUCGUAGCAUUACCGAGUUGCAGAGUGGCCCAUUCAAUAAUUAAAGCAAGACGGUGGAAAACAGCCCAAGGUAACUUAGCAAGCUGUUUGAGGGAGCACAGCAGGCUGUAUGUGGGUGAAUGUGAUGGUUCAAAGCUGAAGGAUGAAAGGAUGUUUUUGAAUAAACAGAUACAUUGGUGACAUGGUCCCACCUGACUCUGUUGGUACAGGAAGCAUAGUGGGGAACGAGUACUUGAAAAAAGUCUGCUGUGUCUAGGUCUGGUUCCUGUGAUAAGCUGAUCCUGCCUGAGCACCUCCUUGAUGCACUGUAACAAUAAGCAAUUUUGAGAAUAAUCAGAACACAGAUACAGUACUCAUUGCUGACAGGGUGAAUGUAAUAGUAAAUAUUGAGGGAAAGUUUUUGUUUUGUUUUCUUGUUUUUUUAGAUGCCUCAGAUACAGCCUUAGGUCCAGCAUGGGGCACCUAAAUAAAUGUCUUAAUUUUCCAAAAGAGUUGAAGCAUUUAGCAACUCUUGUUAGAGUCAAAGAGAAUAGCUGAAUAUUUAGUACUCUCACGGAAAAUAGGUUACUAAUUGUAGAGCAAGUCAUAGACCUUAGCAAAACUACGUUUAGGAGGUACAUUAAAUGUGCUUGUGCAGCUGCACACACACACACGCAGCACAAUGGCUAUACAAUUACAUUAAGUGAAACAGCUUGGGAAACACUAGCACACUUGAGAAUACACUCAGCAUUCAUAAUGGCCCCAGGAAAAAAAAAAAAAAGAGAGAGAGAGAGAGAGAGGGAAUACCAAUACCGUGGUCAUUUCUGAAGAUCUCACUGACGUUACUGCUUUGCACUUUCUUGUCACUUGGCCUCAGGCUGAUUGAUUUCAGCUCUGGGUGAUUUUCACUGUCAAAGCGAAAUGAUGUCACGGAAUGAGGCCACAGUGAAAUACAUUUGCUUGCACUGUUUGUACAAGCUUUCCAGACUGCACUGUAUGCUAAAGCCCUAUAAAUCUGCCCAGAAGCGAGAGAUGGAUGCAGCUGUGCACCAGUAAUGCCAAAAAAAAAAAACAACCAACCUGCUGUUCACUCCUGCUAGUGACCGAGGGUUGCCUUCCCAUUUGCACUGCAACUGAGCCUCUCUUUGGAUCCCAGCAGGACCCAGGUCACCCCAGAGUGGGUCCAUUGCAGUAUGUAUGAAGUUGGUUGGUUUUUGUUUGGUUGGUUUUGUUUGUUGAAAGAGUUGAAGGAAUGGUAAGGGAAGUUGAUGAGAAAUGUUGUUUGGGGUAAAGUCCAUGUUCUGAGACUACCUUCUGAAUUAGCAGUGAAUCACAUUUCAAAUCCCUGCCUUGUGAGUACUGGGGGGGGAAAGGUAUUGUGAUGCAUCAAGAUUUCGUGUUACAAUACAGUUUAGGAGACAGAGAGAUUUAGAUCCCCCUUUUCAAUCUCCCUUGUUACUACAGAUGCCUCCAGAAAGAAGUCUGAGCCUCUCCACAGAGACACUUGUGUCACGGGUUGACCUGGGAGAUAUAUGUCCUGGGCAAGUCAGCUGCGCUGCCUUUCUCAUCACAUGCAUCACCAGAAUCUAGCCCUGCAGAUGAAGGACAUUUAAUGGUGUCUGAGAGAUGCAGUGAGAGAGAUGGAGGAGGGCUAGAGGGGCCGCAGGUACUCCUGUUUUCAAAAUUGAGGACUGUCGUGUGAAUGUGAAUCACUUGUGACACGGUGUAGCUGUAGAGGUCUGUGUGCUUAUCAUCUGGUAGGUUUGAUUUUACUCCUUUGUUUUGGGAUUUAUGGGGUAGUGGAGUGGUAUUACAGCAAAUUUCCUUGUCCCUCUUCUUCUCAUUCUUUCUCCCCUCCCCAGAUCGCCAUGCACCCGAGCAUCAACACAAUGCCUUUGCUGCUACAUUUCCUACUCUGCCCAGAGAAGCUGACUUUUUCUUUCCUUUUAGCUUGGCUAGAUCACCACCGCAGAUUCACAGAACGAUUUGUGUGGGAAGGGAGCUCUGGAGGCCCCUACCCCAACUCCCUGCCCUCAGCAGGUGGCAGGGAACAUCAAGGGCUGGCUGCUCCCAGAGGAAGGCAGCUGAGAGCCCGGUGUGCUCUCAGGCAGAGGACCAGCCCUCACCGGCAAAGGCCCCGUGGCACAGCACACAGGCGAGGUGUGCAGGGCGUGUACGAUGAGAGCAGCUGAGCUCAGCUGAGAAUCCAGGUUGUCAGAUUGCCCGCGGUGACGAGGCAGGUCCAAGGUCACACCAAGAAGUCGAGGCGGUGAGUCAGCUUCAGGACCGGGUCUGGAGGCAGUCACCAGGGCCAGACGCAGACUGGUGACUGCCAGAAAAGUGCACAGUGAUAAAGCAGGUCUUGGGUCAAGCCUGGGAGCCUAUUGAUGGGUCUGGAUCAGCAUGGUACGUGGCCAGGCACAAGCAAGGCUGCAAUUACAGCUGAGGCAGGAGCCCUGGGCAAGAGCACGAGUUCAAAAGCACCUCAGGAGAAGAGCUCCAGCUUCCCUGGCUGAGGCUCCCAGCAGAGCUUUUCAGGAGCCCUCCCCAAAAUCACCAGAGGGAAGGUGUCUCUGACUUUGCUCUCUUGCUAAUAGCACCCUGCAUUUGGGAAAUAUCAGGGAAAGCACCAAGGGUGGUGCUCCCUGGACACCAGCGCACAUUUCUGGUAACACAGGAGACCUCUGGGAUGGAUGCACGUACACCAUCCUAGCACAGGUACCUCCAGGGCAUACUUCUGCAGCUGUCAUCCUCACAGAGGCACCAAACUCCCCAGAGCUGGGGUGAACAGGGAUCGUUCAAGGGCCUGCGAGUUUGCCAAAUAUGAAUGAAUCUGUCAGGCAAACACCGCUCCUCUGAAAGAAGCUGCUCCCCUGCCAGAGGUAAAGCAUGCUCCCAAAACACAGAGCUUCUCAAAAAGAACAUGAGAAAACAUCAUCUUUUCUUGUAGUUUUAUUCUUAAAAAUAGCGAAACUAUUUUUACCUGGAACAUUUUAUAAAUAUACCACCUCCAGCAGAGGAAAUUUUAGCUCAAAUAUUUUGACAAAAUUAUAAAUAACUGAAAAGCUGAUCUCUUAAUGGAACUCAUCAAACAACUUAGCAAUAAAGAAUGUUGCUGGCCACACUACAUGCAGUGGGAAAGUUUCUGAAUUUGGGUUUUUAAAGGCUUUCCAUUAUUGUUAUAUAAAGUCAAUGGUGUGCCCAGUGUAGGUUGCUGGCUUUUGUCCUCUGGGUUUUAAACCAUUUCUAGCUUGCAUGAGUUUUGUUUCAUUUUUGAGAAUUCUAGUCAAGUUUAAUCACUUUGGAUUCUGGAGGGGAUUUUGGUAAUUAUUCUCUGCCAGAGAGAGUGCGUGUUAACUAGUUUUGUUUCUUUUUCUUUUUCUUUUCUUUUUUUUUCCCUGCAUUUUUGCCUUUGUUUGCCUGAAGUUUUUAUUCCAUCAUGGGGUGAUAAGCAAGAGGAGAACAUGCAUGUACUGUCUUCAAGGGAAAUGACUCACUAGCCCUAUAUUGCUUUAUAACUUAAUGAGUACAUAUAAAACAAACAAAUCUAAAAGACCCAGGGUAUGAUGGUGCCCAUUUCACCCAUUUUAAAAAAGCUUUUGGCACAAUACUGAUUGCCACAAAACAGAACGACUAUAAAGCAUGUGUUUAAAACAACAGAAACAAACAAAACCCACAGAACAAAGGUAUUCAAGAAAGAAAAAUUAAAUGGGGAAGUAAGUUCACCAGAGACUUUUCAACCUAUGCAAGUGACCCUCUAUGUCCUAUUGCAAUAAUUCUUUAAUAAGUAUUCUUGCUAAGUAUGUCAGGGGAAAAAAAGCUGCUAUUCAUUACUCUCCUGCACUUAGUGUCAUUUGCAGAUGUGCACAUAAAACAAAUGUCUUCUUAUCAAGUAAGACUAAACAAGUGAAAGGUCAGAGAGAUGGCAAAUGAGCACAGAAUGCUUAUUCUGCGUGGAUCAGCUGGGUUAUCUGCAAAAGUCUUAAGUACAUGAGGAUUUCAAGUCUCUUGAUUUCCAGAACAGACAUCCACUUUUGGAAAUGGCUCCUUGCUUGGAAAAUUUAGAAACAUGUUGUUAUUACUAUUAAUAAUGAUGCUAAAUUAAUUUUAUGCUUUCUAGAAAUCCAAAGACAAUCUGGGUUCUGCAAGUCCACUUGAAAAAAAAAAAAAAAAAAAAAAAAGCCCGAGAACAAGCCAGACUUAAUCUUAAAAUUGUUUUUAUUACUGCUUGUAUUCUUUCCACCACAUACUAGCUGUGUGUGCCUCCCACCACUUGGAGUAUUCCUCCAACAAAAUACAUAUGCCGUAUUACAAAUGUCCUCGUCAAGUUAAGCUGUCCCUGCGUUGGGCUUGGGUACUUUCCCCCAGCACUCCAGUCUCUGGGAGUUGAAACAAUUGUCCUCCAGAGGUCCUUCCAACCUAAAUAAUUUUAUCAUUCUCUGCUCCUGUGUUUUAGAUGCUGAUUUGGUAUCCCAAGCAUUUUUCAGUGUUGCACAGAGAAGUGUUAAAGAGAGAAACCCUCACCCCACCACCAAACCCUGCCAAAUCCUGGUUAAAGACUUCACAGUAUAGUGACAUUCGGUGAUGUCUGGUGCUUCUUUAGUAUCACCCACUCUUAGAGAUUUUCUUGCUUGGAUCAUACUCUGCUGACAUCCUGACUGACUCCCAGCUGCAGCUGUAGCCCUUGUCUGUGCAGCUGAGAAUCACUAGUUAGCCUAAGCCUCAUCUUUCAUUAAUUUCUUUUGAAGCCUUUCUUUAAAAUUUGUGUAUUCUGCAAUGCUGGCAGAAUCUCAGCAGAGGCCUGGCCACUGCUGUGCUGAUAGCACUGUACAUCCAUCCUGCUGACCGAAACCAUCUCAGGACUUCCUUGUGUUUUCCCACGUUUCCCUGUCAUCCGCUGCCUCUUCUCUUACAGUGCAAGAGAUCUUUGAGUGUGAAUUUUUGAGCGUGCAUUUUUGAGCGCUUGUUUGCCUUGCCCAGCAUCUUGCCCAAUGGGAUAGUGGUCUCUAAGGACUUCUGGAUAAGAUGAGAAAAAAUAGCACAAUAUCACGGAAAAAACGUGCUAUGCUGCUAGUUUUAUCAGAGGGUAAUUGGAAUGGAUGUGCUAAAGCCCAAGAUGGUUAUCCGUGCUUUAACCUAUUUAACUCAGGUAGUGACAGUGGCAAGGGAAUGGUGAGCUAGCCUUCUGUGUAAGCCGUAACACCUCCCUGCUCUGCAAACGCUUGCCUCUGAGAGCAGGCAGUCAUCCUCCACUUCAGUCCCUGAAAUGCGAGGGAACAAGAAAGCGCUUUCCUCUGGGGGAAAGGGGCGGAGGGGAAGGAUCAAACUUUCCACCACAAAGUGGUGAUGAAAAGACCUCUUCUGAGAGGUUUAAAAAAAAAAAAAAAAGAAAAGAAAAAAAAAAAAAAAGUAAAGGCAUCAGUGAGCUACAAAGCAACCUGUCACUGCAUCAGGAAUGGACGCAGAUGACAGGACCAAAGCCUGAGAGCCGGGUGGCACUGGGAACAGCCUGUCCCAGCUUCAGACACACACCUGCGGGGGCCCGGCCCCUGCUUUGCCCGCAGCCCCCCGCAGCCCCCCGGCCCCGCCGCCUCCUUCCCGGCUCCCGGCCCCGAGCUCUCCGCGGCCAACAGCGGCCCCCGGCGGCCUCCCGGCGGCGGCGCUGCCGGGGCCGUCCCGCGGGACCCCCGGCGGCUCCCCGGAGCCUCCCCGCGACCCCUGGAGGGGCUCGACCCGGGGAUGGGAUUCCCCAAAAACCACCCCGGGGCCCUGCCGGGGCUGCGGCAGUGCCCGGGCUCAGCGCGCAGCAGGGCGCGGGGUUAUUUGCGGGGGGUCUCCCGCUCAGCCCUCGGGGAAAAAAACAAUUAAAAAAAAAUAAUAAAAUUGAUAAUAAGGAGAAGAGGCUGUAAAAGGAAGGAAGGGAAGGUGUGAGCGCCUCUUUGGCGGGGAUCAAGGGGAGCAGAGCGAGAAGGGGAGUUAAUUCUGUUGUCAUCAUAGCAAAACCCCGGUGUGAGAUGAGGAAAACAAAAGGAGCAGCACCAAAAGCCUCUCAGAGUAAUGUUGCCCGUCACACAGGCCCGUCUCCUUCGUGGGGACUCUACCUAAUCGCAGACCAGCAAACGCUGGAUUCGCACACUUCGGGAGUGCUGCAGGAAAGGAAAACCCUCGCUGGGAAGGUUUCGAAGCCCUGCACUCUCAGUUCAGAAAUGCCAGAAUUAGUUUCCUCCUUGUGGGCUCCUUGUGCAUAGGUGUCGCGGUUGUCCUUGGUUACACAAUGACAGAUUGUUUUCUCCACAAAGUCCCUUCUUUGUUCCCCGCGUAGGAAGAACACUGCUCACAGAAAGAAGAAGAAAAAGAAGUAGCUAUUUGCUAUUUUAUUUUAUUUUUCUCUCAUAUGCAGUACACAAAACUAUGAGCACUUUAAUGCACAUAUCCAAACGCCACUCUGCAAAUAGGGCUACCGAUCUUCUCAUCCCCAUGCUUUUCUGUAGGAUUUGUCCUUUCUGCAUCCAGUGCCUUCAUAAAUUUGAAUUAACUUCCCCCACAAGAGGCCCGUGAGCCAGUAUGGCAUUACCACUAAUUUAUGGGCAGGAAAUGUUGCAGCUAAUACGUAUGUUCUGAAUUACCUCAGAUGUCACUUUUCGGAGUGCUACAUAGCAUGUAUACAUUUUCCAUGCAGCUCCUACUGAUUUCAUUCACAAAUACACGACAUAAGCAAUUCUGCAAUUCAAACUCCAAAGUCUCAAGCUGAGGGCUGUUACAAGAAGGGUCAAAAGAGCAGUGGUUUCCAGGAACAGCCUGGCGUAUGUCCUGGUGCCCGGUGUCACCUGGGGGCUCCAGGCAGAGGCAGGGGUUGCUGAGGUGGUGGCAAGGGGGUCACAAACGCCGUGUUGUGGGGAGGUGGAUUCUUGAAACACUUCUCUGUCAGCGUGUGAAAUCCGGAUAAUGAGCAGGGGGAAUUAGACAUUCUUAUUGAUGAGCAUCCAUUUGAUAUAAUUAGCAUUACAAAAAAAUAAUAAUAAUAACAGUGGGACAAUUUGCAUGAUUGCAGCGCUCGAGUCUCCGGUUACAGCCUAUUCAGAGGGGACAGAGAGGUUAAAAAAAAAAGAUGUUGGGGAAACGUACUGCUGUGUGUUGGGGUAGUGGUCACUGCUGAGAUGUGGGGGAGUCUGGGUGGCAGCACGCACAUGGGAAACCUUAUGAGAGAACUGAAUUUGGGAGACAUGCAAGGGAAAUCUCAUGCAGCCACAGUAGGGCUGUGUCAUUGACCCUUGUAGAAAUUAUUGGCAAGGGUUUGUAAGCUCAGAAAGGAUCGGUGAUGCCACAAGCUGGUUUGGUCUUGGAGGGUUUUGCAAUGGGUAGUGAGGCGUUAAUGUGCUGGACUGGCAAUCAGAUGUUGACUUUGUGAUCCGAUUGCCUUAUCUGUGCAUCUGGAGUGUAACCUGCACAACCACUAUGCACGACUGAAGGUCCAAAAGGACCUGCCUCCAGAGAAGGGAGAUGAUGAGGGAAGAAACGCAGUGACAGAAAAAUACCGGUGUGAUCUGGCAGCCGGUCAGGUGAGGUUUAUUUAACAAAAGCACCUACAGUUAUAAUCAAAGUGAAAAUGAUAGUUCAGCAGUAAUGUGAAAAUAAAAUUUUGAAAGUAGAAGCAUUAGAGAGACAAAAA